UCGCACAUUUCCCUAUCUCGUAACACCGACCACCAGCUCCCGCAAGCAGAGGCUGCCAAGCUCUUCUGUGGCAUUGUGUGUUGUCUCGAAUGAAUAUCUGCUCCAAAUUGGGGUCAUGCUAUUCAUUACUACUGCUUUAUGCUCUUUAAUGAGGGGUCCCAGUCUGCACGCUUAAACCGAGCUGCAUCGAGCUUGGUCCUUUUGCCAACAGACUUUUCCUUCCCCAUGGCCCCAUCUCGAGGAUUACGGUAUACGGUAUAGUUUCAGAGCGCGCUCGGCUAUUUUCCGUUACGUACCCUUAAAGAAGGGGAAGAAAAAAGAACCUUACAUUAUUCCUCGAUCUAACCUCCCCUCUCUUCUAUCAAAACCCCCCCAACACUCUCCUGGGCAAAGCAAAGCGUGGUGGAGCAAGGAUUGGACGCCAUGGCACAACCACAAACCCUCUCCGAGAAGGAGACGGCGACGAUAACACCCCAGCCCGGUCUCACCACCACAGGGACCGGGGAUUCGCAGCAGGACACGGCGCGACCCAACGCACCACCCCCUCCUCCCAACGGCGGCUACGGCUGGGUCUGCUGCGCCUGUGUCGCCGUCAUCAACGCCCACACCUGGGGCCUCAACUCCUCCUACGGCGUCUUCCUCGCCUACUACCUCGCCAACGAUCUCUACCCGGGCGCCACCUCGCUGCAGUAUGCCUUUGUCGGCUCCCUGUCCAUCUCGUGCGCCCUGCUCACGUCACCGGUGGCCACGAUUGGCGUGCGCACCAUGGGCACCAAGCCCACCAUGAUGCUGGGUGUCGUGCUCGAGGCGGCGAGUCUCAUCUGCGCCAGUUUCGCCAGCGAGAUAUGGCACCUGUUCCUCACGCAGGGCGUCAUGUUCGGCGUGGGCAUGGGAUUCCUCUUCGUCGCCAGUGUGCCCAUUGUGCCCCAGUGGUUCUCGACACGCCGCUCGCUCGCCAAUGGCUUCUCGACGUGCGGCUCUGGUCUCGGCGGGCUCAUCUACUCCUUCGCCACGGGCGCCAUGCUGCAGAGCCUGGGGCUGGCGUGGACGUUCCGUGUCCUGGGCAUCGUGGCCUUUGUGGUCAACACGAUCUGCACGAUCCUUGUCAAGGACCGCAACAAGAUUCUCAACGCCACCCAGCUGGCUUUCGACGUCAAGCUGUUCAAGCGGCCCGAGUACCUGCUCCUGCUCGGCUACGGAUUCUUCAGCAUGCUGGCGUACGUGGUCAUGAUCUUCUCGCUGGCCAACUACGCCAACUACAUUGGUCUCAACGCCUCACAGGCCGCGCUGGUGUCGGCCAUGUACAACAUGGGUCAGGGGCUGGGCCGCCCGCUGGUCGGCUACUUCAGUGAUCGCACGGGGAGGAUCACCAUGGCCUCUUUCAUGACACUCGUGGCGGGUAUUUUGUCCUUGGCCAUCUGGAUCCCCGCCAAGCACUAUGCCACGCUCAUCGUCUAUGCCAUCCUGGGUGGCGGUGUCGGUGGCACGUUCUGGGUCACCAUCGGGCCCGUGACGGCCGAGGUUCUGGGGCUGCGGCACGUCGCCUCGGGUCUCAACAUCUUGUGGCUCUUCAUCGCGUUGCCCUGCGUCUUCAGCGAGCCGAUCGCCCUGCAGAUCGUGGAGGGCACCGGCUCGUACCUCGGCGCGCAGCUCUUCGCCGGCUUCAUGUUCAUGACGGCGGCGGUGUGCACGUUUGUCUGCCGGGGCUGGAAGAUUGGCGAGCAGCAAGAACUGGAGAGGCGAUACGGCGGGGGCGACGAGGUCGACGCCGACAAGAUUGCGUAUGAGGAGGAGGUCAGCGGUCACGGCAAGAAAGCUGGCCGCAAAAGAAUGCUCGUUGAUUGCCUAAGCUUUAAGAGAAAGGUUUAGCGCACAGUUCAAAGGCUUCGAAUAGAUCAAUUCACCAAAACUACGUCAAGAACUCAUAUUGAGUGGAAGGUGGCAGCAUGUAAUGCCCCGCUGCAAAUGCGUCCUGGUAUGAACCUCUAAUAGUUUACCUUUACCUUGUCCUCUAUCCACAGCCUACGGCUAUCCAAGAUGGGUA